CUAUCAAACCUGACCGUGAGUCUUUGCGUUUCCUCUUUCUAGCCAGCGCCUGAGAAUGGGUAUCUCAAGGGAUAACUGGCACAAACGCCGCAAGACCGGGGGGAAAAGGAAGCCCUACCACAAGAAGAGGAAGUAUGAGCUGGGCCGGCCCCCUGCCAACACCAAGAUCGGCCCCCGCCGUAUCCACACCGUGAGGGUGCGUGGCGGCAACAAGAAGUACCGCGCUCUGCGUCUGGAUGUGGGAAACUACUCCUGGGGCUCAGAGUGUUGCACACGCAAGACCAGGAUCAUCGACGUGGUGUACAAUGCCUCCAACAACGAGCUGGUGAGAACCAAGACGUUGGUGAAGAACUGCAUCGUCCUGAUCGACAGCACCCCCUUCAGGCAGUGGUAUGAAGCUCACUACGCAACUCCCCUGGGCAGGAAGAAGGGUGCCAAGCUGACCCCUGAGGAGGAGGAAAUCCUUAACAAGAAGAGGUCGAAGAAAAUCCAGAAGAAAUAUGACGAACGCAAGAAGAACUGCAAGAUCAGCUCUCUCCUGGAGGAGCAGUUCCAGCAGGGCAAGCUGCUGGCCUGCAUCGCCUCAAGACCAGGCCAGUGUGGCAGAGCCGACGGCUACGUUCUGGAAGGCAAAGAACUCGAGUUCUACCUGAGGAAGAUCAAGGCCAAGAAAGGCAAAUAAAUGUACAGAGCUGUUUGAUACCACCUCAAUAAAAAAAAAUCAAAAAGUC